AAAUAAAAGGGUUAUAUUUUGUAGGAGAGCUAAUGAGAAGAGAGAUAUAUGAUUGAUUCCAAAUGGUGUUAUUAGUGAAAUUUUUUAUCCUAUUUAUUCAUCAAUCACCUAAAAUUUUUAUCUUGUGUCUAUUAUAUUUUCUGCAUAUUUUAUAUCCAGAUUAAUAUUAUUUUAAUCAACCUUUUUUAUAAUUAGUCUGAAGUAGUGUUUCACGUGCGGAGACCUCUUUCAGGCAGAGGGAGAGAUAGAGAUGGCGUCUGUGGUGAAGAACGCGCUGAAGACGAUCAGAGAGAGGGGCAUCGGGAACUUCAUCAAGGAGCUCAGGGAAGAAGGCUACUUGAAAUGCCUGUUGGAUGGAAAUCUUUUGCAAACCAAAAUCCACAAUAUAGGAGCAAGGCUGGUGGGUGUUGAUCAGUUUGGUAACAAGUAUUAUGAGAGGCUUGAAGACACUCAAUAUGGAAGACACAGGUGGGUUGAAUAUGGAGAGAAGGAUCGCUAUAAUGCUUCUCAAGUGCCACCAGAGUGGCACGGUUGGCUCCACUUUAUAACAGAUCACACAGGGGAUGAGCUUUUGAUGCUGAAACCGAAAAGGUACGGGGCUGAACACAAGGAGAAUUUCUCAGGAGAGGGCGACGAAUACAUCUACCAUUCCAAGGGACAUACCCUCAAUCCAGGGCAGAGGGACUGGACCAGGUACCAACCAUGGCAGCCCACCAAGUCCUAAUCUACUACUGAAGUUCCAAAAAAUUCAGGAUACCUAAAGAUAUUUGGUUUUUUUUACCAUGACCAAGUGCAUUUGUAGUUUAUUGGAGACGAUUCUUCGGAGUAUGUCCUUUCUAUAAGCCAAUGAAUUGUGAAAUUGUAAUCUGACUAAUGGAGAAGUUUGCGGUCACAAAUGCUCCUUCGGAACAUGCAAUAACACAACUGCUAAGCUGCUUGGCUUUCAUGCCCUUGCUUGGCUUUUGUCAUGUGUAAUGUUUGGAUCAUCUUAAAAGUAGCUGGUCAAUAUAUGAUUGUGUUCCUCUCGUACUUAUAACAAUUGAAAGAAAAGGAUUGAUCUUUUCUUCUCC